CGGUAACCGCGUAUUGCCGGAAGUGACGCACCGGAAGCGGAAGCGGCGCCAUGAAGCUGCUGACCCACAACCUGCUGAGCUCCCACGUGCCGGGGCUGCGGCCCGGGGGCGGAUUCCCCCUGCGGAUCGAGGCCGCCGAGGUUCGGGUCCGCCCGGUGCCGUUCAACGCCGCCUUCGUGUCCCGCUUGGUGCCGCGGCUGCGCUGGGACGCGCUGAGGGAGGCGGCGGAGAGCUUGGGGCGCCCCUCGGAGCUGCCCCCCGAGCCCAGCCCGGGCUACGAGACCGACGAGGAAUUCCUGCGGCGCCUCCACCACGUCCUGCUCGAGGUGGAGGUGCUCGAGGGGUCCCUGCAGUGCCCGGACUCGGGGCGGCGCUUCCCCAUCUCCAGGGGGGUCCCCAAUCUGCUCCUGAGCGAGGACGAGGCCUGAGGGGGCGUUCAGAACCCCCCAGAAAUGGAGCUGAGCGGAAAAAUCCCGAAUUUCUACGGUUUUACCCCAAAAAACGGCGCCCGAAUUUCCUCCCGCGCUCAAGCGCUGAGGGGCGUGGCUUGAGCAGCCUCAUUUGCAUGUGGGUGUGGUCACUCUGAUACCCCUCCCCUAUGCAAAUUUUUCUAUUUGCAUUUUGGGCGGGAAUUGUUUUCUUUGCAUAAUGGGAGGAAUUUUCCUUUUUUUUUUUCCUGAUUUCUCUUUUUUUCUCCCUAAAUUUCACCUUCCCUCCCAAAUUUCCCAGUUUUGCCCCAAAUCCUUUUAAUUUCUCACAAUUUCAGUAUUAUUUUUCCCCAAAUCCCGGUUUUUAUCUCAAAAUCCUCCAGUUUUGCCCUCAGAUUCCUCUCCUUAUCUGUCCCUUGUUCCCCCAAAAUCCAGAUUUUACCCAAAAUCUCAUCUUUUUGCCCUCAAUCUUUUAUAUUUUGCCACCAAAUCCUCCUUUGUGCCCCAAUCCCCUCCUUUUUACCCCCAAAUCUUCCCUUUUUAUUCCAAACCUCCCGUUUUUUCCCAAAACCUCAUCUUUUUUCCCCAUAUUUCUCUUCCCCACAUUGUGGCUUGUUGCAUUUGUAAUAUUUCCCAGAAAUUUAAUAAAAAUACCUUUUUUUUU